GGCACCUCGGAGGGAAGUGUGACGUCUUUCUGUGGGGUGCAGGGCGCCAUGGGCAGUUGGCGGAGGCUGGCAGGAACAUCCUGGUGCCAACCACUGCUCCGUCUUUCUCUCAGGCACAACAGGUGGUGUGUGGUCAGAACUGCACCUUUGCGAUCCAGCCUAACGGGACGGUGUUGGCCUGUGGAGAAGGAAGCUACGGUCGUCUGGGCCAAGGGAACUCUGACGACCUGCACGUGCUCACGGUCAUCUCCGCUCUUCAAGGUUUUGUUGUGACUCAGCUGGUGACGUCAUGCGGCAGCGACGGGCACUCCAUGGCGCUGACGGAGAGUGGCGAGGUGUUCAGCUGGGGGGACGGGGACUACGGUAAACUGGGCCACGGGAACAGUGACCGCCAGCGCCGACCCAGACAGAUCGAAGCCCUGCAGGGAGAGGAGGUGGUGCAGAUGUCCUGCGGGUUCAAACACUCAGCAGUGGUAACAGCAGAUGGGAAGCUCUUCACUUUCGGUAACGGUGAUUACGGCAGACUGGGGCUCGGAAACACUUCGAACAAGAAGCUCCCAGAGAAGGUCACAGCUCUGGAGGGAUACCAAGUCGGACAGGUGGCCUGUGGUCUGAACCACACUUUGGUCAUCUCUGCUGACGGAAUGAUGGUUUGGGCGUUUGGUGAUGGAGACUACGGAAAACUGGGACUUGGUAACUCCACAGCCAAGUCGUCCCCUCAGAAAGUGGACGUGCUGUGUGGGAUCGGUAUUAAAAAAGUAGCUUGUGGAACACAGUUCUCCGUGGCUUUAACCAAAGAUGGGAAAGUUUUCACGUUCGGCCAAGACCGUCUCAUUGGCUUAGCCGAGGGCCGAGCCCGGAAUCACAAUCGGCCCCAGCAGGUCCCGGCUCUGUCAGGGAUCCACGUCCAGGACGUCGCUGUCGGAGCUGAACACACUCUGGUGCUCUCGUCCACGGGAGACGUCUACACCUGGGGCAGCAACUCCGAGGGACAGCUGGGUCUGGGGCACACUAACCACGUCAGAGAGCCCACACUGGCGACGGCGCUGCAGGGCAAGAACAUCCACCAGAUCUCUGCUGGCCGCUGCCACAGCGCAGCGUGGACGGCGCCCUCUGUGCCGCCGCGAGCUCCAGGCUCGUCAGUUCCUCUCCAGCUGGGUCUGCCCAUGGCGGUGCCUCCUCAGUACAGUGGGCUGAAGGAGGUGAGCAUCGAGGCGGUGAGAGCUCGCCUGCGCCUCCUCUACCACUUCUCCGACCUCAUGUACUCCUCGUGGAGACUUCUCAACCUCAGCCCCAACAACCAGAGCUGCACCUCCCAUUACAAUGCUGGUACCUGGGGGAUAGUCCAGGGCCAGUUGAGGCCCCUGUUGGCUCCCAGAGUCUACACUCUGCCCAUGGUGCGCUCCAUAGGAAAGACCAUGGUGCAGGGAAAGAACUACGGCCCCCAGAUCACCGUCAAGCGAAUCUCCACCCGGGGACGGAAGUGUAAACCGAUCUUUGUGCAGAUCGCUCGCCAAGUUGUGAAGCUCAACGCCUCAGACCUUCGACUGCCCUCCAGGGCUUGGAAGGUUAAACUGGUGGGGGAGGGGGCGGACGAUGCAGGCGGAGUCUUUGAUGACACCAUCACUGAGAUGUGUCAGGAGUUGGAGACGGGGGUCGUCGACCUGCUCAUCCCCUCCCCCAACGCCACAGCAGAGGUUGGCUACAACAGAGACAGGUUCCUCUUCAACCCGUCCGCCUGCCUGGAUGAGCACAUGCUCCAGUUUAAGUUUUUGGGGAUUCUGAUGGGAGUCGCCAUCCGCACCAAGAAACCUCUGGACCUGCACCUGGCUCCUCUGGUGUGGAAACAGCUGUGCUGCAUCCCCCUGCUCCCGGAGGAUCUGGAGGAAGUCGACCUCCUCUACGUGCAGACGCUCAAAAGCAUUCUUCACAUUGAAGACAGCGGCAUCACCGAGGAAAAUUUCCAUGAGGUGAGGAUGGAUUUGUUUUUUUAG